CCCCCGCAGCCCACCAUGACCGGGCCGAGGCUGGCCCUCGCCGCCGCGCUCCUCUGCAGCUGCACCUCGCCGGUGGCCGACGCCAACUCCUGGUGGUCUUUGGCCAUGAACCCCAUCCAGAGACCUGAGAUGUACAUCAUCGGCGCUCAGCCGGUGUGCAGCCAGCUGCCGGGGCUCUCCCCUGGGCAGCGCAAGCUCUGCCAGCUCUACCAGGAGCACAUGGUGUUCAUCGGGGAAGGGGCCCGCAGCGCCAUCAAGGAGUGCCAGUACCAGUUUCGGCAGCGGCGGUGGAACUGCAGCACGGUGGACAACACCUCCGUCUUUGGGAGGGUCAUGAAAAUAGGGAGCAGAGAGACCGCCUUCACCUACGCCGUCAGUGCCGCCGGGGUGGUGAACGCCAUCAGCCGGGCCUGCCGGGAGGGAGAGCUCUCCAGCUGUGGCUGCAGCCGCACGGCCCGGCCCAAGGACUUGCCCCGAGACUGGCUGUGGGGCGGCUGCGGCGAUAACGUGGAGUACGGAUAUCGUUUCGCCAAGGAAUUCGUGGAUGCCAAGGAGAGGGAGAAGAACUACGUGAGAGGUUCAGAGGAGCAGGCCCGCAUGCUGAUGAACUUGCAGAACAACGAGGCCGGUCGCAGGGCCGUGUACAAGCUGGCAGACGUGGCCUGCAAGUGCCACGGUGUGUCGGGCUCCUGCAGCCUCAAGACCUGCUGGCUGCAGCUGGCUGACUUCCGCAAGGUGGGCGACCUGCUGAAGGAGAAGUACGACAGCGCCGCUGCCAUGAGGAUCAGCCGCAAGGGGAAGCUGGAGCUGGUGAACAACCGGUUCAACGUGCCGACGCAAGAGGACCUGGUCUACGUUGACCCCAGCCCGGACUAUUGCCUGCGCAACGAGACCACCGGCUCUCUGGGCACCCAGGGCCGGCUGUGCAACAAGACCUCAGAGGGCAUGGAUGGGUGUGAGCUGAUGUGCUGCGGACGGGGCUAUGACCAGUUCAAGAGCGUCCAGGUGGAGCGUUGCCACUGCAAGUUCCAUUGGUGCUGUUAUGUCAAGUGUAAAAAGUGCACAGAGAUCGUUGACCAGUAUGUCUGUAAAUGAAAGGAGCCACCAAAGCAACAAAUCUAUAUUAUAUAAAUCUAUAUAAAUAUAUUUUAUAUUUGUAUAAAUAAACAGAUGAUGAUAAUAAUUAAAGAAGCUUAUUUAAGAGACAUUUUGGUUUUGAAAUCUCCCCCAUCAGGCCAGCUGGUUUGACAUUCUGCCAGUUCUGCUGGGGAGUUUGGGUGCAUCUCCCCUAGGAUUGUUUCAAUCAGGGUGAAGAGGCUGAGGAGGUGCUGGCAAAGCACACAAGCACACACUAUUUCAUUACAGAAAGAAAGCCAGGAAGAAGAAGAAGAGUGGGUUCUUCCUGCUCUCUCAUCAGUAAAUCUCAGCAUUUUGCAUAGUUAUUGCACAUCGGAAAUUACAGCCAAACGUGGGUGAGUCCUAGUUAUUUGAGUUUCAAACCCUGCACUGGGGAAUUUGGAACCAAUUCUUGGUCUGUCUAAAGGGCUUUGUCACACUAGAAGGAAGGUUAGCCAAGGCUCCCUUACCCCAGUAUGGCUUAAAAGCCGCAGUCCUGUAAACCAUUCCUGGAUGCUCCCCAGACCACAACGGGGUGGAGGAAGGUUUACCACCAUCUGUUGUGAAGAAGGAAGGUGCAGCCUGUGGCUAACCAGUGCACAGCCAGGGAGUCCCCAUGGAGCCAGCACCUCUUCUGUACCACCUGGGCCAAGGGAAAUCUGUCCAGCUCAGACUACAUGGCUCUGUGUGUGAGGGAAAUUUUUUUUCUUUUCCUUUCAAUCCUGUGCUGAAACUGAAUUUGUCAAUACAGAAGAAAAGCUGCCGGUGCCCAGGGAUAUUUGCAAAUUAUAUUUUGUCAGUAGAAAGAAGCAUUGUGCACAAACACGUGCACAUGACUGCAUAAGCACUCCUCGUAACACUGCCGGUUUUCCUCUUUGAAGUGGAUGCAGGUGGUCACCUUGUUCAGCUCUGUUAAAUCCUCCUCACCGCCAUGCCAGUCAUAUAGUUUCUCUUUAACAUUAAACACCCCUCAGUGACAUUUUUUUCCCUCUCUUGCUUGUGUAUAUGUGUGUUUUUGUUUUAUUCUUUUGGUGACAUGCCUUUUAUUUUGCUGCUCUGUGUUUCAGAGUCCAGGGGCCAUGCUCUUCACUGGCAUAAGCUCACCACAGAUGUUUGCUCCCAGAAUGUGGGUGUCUUUUCUGUGGGGUUUUUUUCUGUGUUUUUUUCCCUUGGUAAUAAAAGACUAUAA